ACGUCACUCUUGCAGUGCCUACAUUGUUUGCGUUCGACACGUUCGCCACAAUGGCCGUUCAUACUAGGGACAUUAUGGGACUUCUUUUGUUGUUGCUUGUGAUUACAGAGGCCACCAGGAAGUACAUGACUAUUCAAGAUUUAGCUAGAAUGCAGGCACAAACUGAGAAGCUGACCGCUCUAUUCGAACAAGUGUCGAACAGUCAGUUUGCAGCUGCACGCACCACUCAGGUGGCCUCUCGGCGCCUUCUCGCUCCGUCUGCCGUGCGGGAUACCGAAGUGCCCCUAUUGUGCCAAUCUCCAGGCAUGGGUUGUCUAGCCGGUGAAGAAGUGAGAUGUGAAAUGGGAAGGCACGAGGGCUGUGACUGCGAGUACAUUAGGGCUUGUUUUCCUCGCGCUGCUGAGUGCACAUUCUUCAAUGCUACGCAUAUAACAUCAUGUGGGUUUUAAACA